CUUUCUCCGAGACCUGAAAGUCCGGUGUCCGCCAUUAUGCCGCUCGGCGUCCAGCCUGCUGGACCGAAACUCAGCACCUCGGUGCACGGCUAAUCGUGCGGGUGGUUUUGCUGUUACCUUAAAAACAAAAACCCCUCGUUCUACGGUUGUGAUGUAGAGUGUCUGAGAUAAAAUGCCCGGAAAAGCUUGGUCUGGUGGCUCAGGCCUGUAGUCCCCGUUUCUGAGGGAGCUGAGACAGGAAGCCCGGGAGUCUGGGAAUGUUGGUUAUUUCGGUCUCUUACGUGACUUCUGAUGACCUAGCAAAUGACAUUGUGCACUGCAGUGCUGAGAAGAUACUCCCAAGGAUACAGCAGUGAUUCAGUGAAAGCAACAGACUUGUUUUGUGUUUAUCUGGGUGAUCCUGGACAAGAGUGAUGCCUCCAGGAAGGUGUUAUGCUGCCCACUCGGCUCAGGCUUCAAGGGAACAAGGGCACCUUCGUACACUAAAGAAGGAAGAGGAUGAUGAUGGCUAUACUUCAGUGCAGACUGCCAGGCCACAGACACUUAACCGCCCUGGCCAGGAACUAUUCCGUCAGCUCUUUAGGCAGCUUCGCUACCAUGAGUCUUCUGGGCCCCUAGAAACUCUGAGCCGGCUCCAGGAGCUCUGCCGCUGGUGGAUGAGGCCCGAUGUUCUUUCCAAAGCACAGAUGUUGGAGCUGCUGGUGUUGGAGCAGUUCCUGAGCAUCUUGCCUGGAGAGCUCCGGACAUGGGUGCAGCUCCAUUGCCCUGAGAGUGGUACGGAGGUUGUGGCCCUGCUAGAAGAGCUGCAGAAGGAUCAUGAUGGAACACUACUGAGGGACCCAUGCCUUGCUCAGAACCCAGAUGUGCAUUGGAUAGGCACUAGAGCUCUGCAGUCUGCACAGAUAUGGUCCCCAACUUCACGUCUCAGGAACAGUUCUGCUCUAGAGGACCAUUUGGAGCCUCCACGUGGAAGAGGAGUUUGUAACUUCCUGGCUGGGCAAGAUGAUUCUCCUACUGUCUCGGUGCCUGCCCAUUUCCAUACAGAAGAGGACACAGGAUACCAGGAAGCUUUGACUUUCCAGGAUGUGAAGGUCACCUUCUCUCAGGAAGAGUGGGGAUGUUUGGACUCGGCUCAGCGCAAUCUUUAUCGGGAUGUUAUGCUGGAGAAUUAUGGGAAUGUGGUUUCUGUCGUGGGGUCCUCUCCCAAACCUGCCCUGAUAUCCUGGCUGGAAGCAAGGAAGCCAUCGACCGUGAAUAUCUGCAAAGUUCAGCCUAAGAGGGAUUCAGGUACUGCCCCUGAAGCAGGUAAGCCCCAAAUUAAGUCAAGCAAAUUCAUCUUGAAACAGGACCCUUCAGAAUACACAGAAACCUUUGCAGUGCCAUCAGUGUGUCCUGAGACAAGUGUUUCUGAGGGAACAGGACUCAAAGAAACUUUUGAAGAAAAGAGCAGGCUACCGAAGCCUUGUGGAAGCCCCAUACAAGUGAAAGAGGUGAAGGAAGGAACUGACAUCAGUAACAGGACAGGAAGAGAAUCUGAAGUAUUGGGAAGCAGUAAUAUUCUUGAUAUAAAACAUGUUAAGUGUGUGAGUGUUUCUAAGAAAAAGCGAUUCUUUAAGCAUGGCCGUGACAGAUACUUCAGAGAAAGAUCACACCAUUAUAAUAAGAAAUAUGGGGAAGGGCUCAGAGACACAGUUGAGGGAUGUGGUGUAUAUCAGAGUAUUCAUAUUGGACUAAAAGAGAGUGAAAAGGACACAUGUGGGAAGGACUUCAUCCUUAGCUCUCAUCACCAACGGGAACGGAGUGUUCAUAAUGUGAGAGUGUACAGGUGCCAUGAUUGUGGGAAGACCUUUGGUAAAAGCUCUCAUCUUGAAUAUCAUCAGAGAUGCCAUUUUGAAGAGAAACUGUUUCAAUGUAGGGUAUGUAAGAAAGCCUUCAAGUGGCGUUCAAACUGUGUGCGACAUGAAAAAAUUCACACUGGAGUGAAACCUUAUAAAUGCAGCUCUUGUGAGAAAGCUUUCUAUCGUCUGUCAGCCUACCGUCUGCACCAGGAAACCCACACUAAAAAGAAAUUUGAAUCCAGUCAGUACAAAGAAGCUCUCACCUGCACCUUGGAUCUCAAUCAUCAUUUGACAGAUGAGAGUGAGGAGAAACAGUUGGACUGCAGCCAAUGUGGGAAAUCCUUCUGCUGUAAGUCCUAUGUUCUUCAACACCAAAGGAUUCACACACAGGAGAAACCUUAUAAAUGUACCAGAUGUAGGAAAACCUUUCGGUGGAGGUCAAACUUUUCUCGUCAUAUGAGAUUGCACCAGACACGAGAGUUCUGUAAACAAGAGAAAUGUCGAGAAGACUUCAAGCAGAAUUGCAGUCAGUCUCAGGUUAUCUCUACUGUGGAGAAAAAUUUUUCGUGUCAGCAUUGUGGGAAAACUUUUACUCAAAAUAAAUCACUCAUUGAGCAUCAGAGGAUUCACACAGGGGAGAAACCAUACCAAUGUAGUGAGUGUGGGAAAACAUUUAUCUAUAGAUCAGCUUAUAUUAUUCAUCUGACACGUCACGGUAUUAAAAGAAAACCUGAAAGUGGUCUAUCUGUUAGUCAGGAUACAAUGUUUCACAGUAUUAGAAGAAAACCUAAAAGUGGUCUACCUGUUAGUCAGGAUACAAUGUUUCAUAGUAUUAAAAGAAAACCUGAAAGUGGUCUACCUGUUAGUCAGGAUACAAUGUUUCACAUUCCUCAGAGCAGUCAUAAUACAGAAGAGCCUCACAAAUGUAAAUACUGUGGCAGAACAUUCCGCAUUCGCUCAUUCCUUCUCAUUCAUCAGAGAGUUCACACUAGAGAAAAACCCUAUAAGUGCAGGGAGUGUGGAAAAGCCUUCCGAUGGAGUUCCAAUCUCUCCCGACAUGAGAGGCAACACUCUUAUGAGUAUCCUGAAAGUAAAGAGACUUCAAAUCUAGAGUCAAAAAUCCUCACUGAUCAGAAGCCCUUUUGGUGUCAAGAGUGUGGGAAAACCUUUACACGUAAAAGAAGCCUUUUAGACCAUAAGGGAAUACACAGUGGAGAGAGACGCUUUAAGUGCAACUUGUGUGAAAAAUCUUUUGAUAGAAACUAUCGUCUUGUUAAUCAUCAGAGGAUACACGCUAUAGAGAGACCUUUUCAAACUCAGUGGCAUGGUAAAGAUUUUGUUGGGAUACGUGUCCGUUCUGUUGACCAGAGAAAACACAGCAGAACACUGCAUUCAGAACGUAGCCUGCACUUAGAUAAUCCAGGCUUAUCUUCUCGUCGGGAUGCAAGGUUAAAUAGUCAGGAAUUAAAACUGAAUGGAAAGAAGCCCCAUAAAGAGUGUGAGAAUCCUUCUGAUAGGAGCUCCAGGUUCAUUGCACUCCAGAAUGUACCCACUAAGACAGGCUGCCACAAAUGUACUAUUUGUGGGAAAACAUUUAGCAAGCAUUCACAACUCAUUAGCCACAGAAGAUUUCACACCAGAGAGAGGCCCUUCAAAUGCAAAGUGUGUGGGAAGACCUUCAGGUGGUCUUCCAAUUUAGCUCGGCAUGUGAAAAACCAUGUUAGAGAUUAGCCUGGGCUCUCUGACAGUGGGGGUGGUGGUGGUGGUGGUGGAAUAGUUCCUGGUUACAUUUCUAGAGAACUUGUUGUUAGACACUGGGGAAAACCUUUGCAAAGACUUAGUCCUUUCUGUUCUUGGUGUGGAAUCUUGAGGAUUUAAAAGCUCAGGGACUCCUCAGUCUACCUGCUGAAAAGUGGUGCUGGAAAACAAUGUUCUGGGGGCCUUACGGAGGACCUGGUCCCUAGGUGUAGCCCAGGACUGACAGCCGGGUCUUCUUGGAUAACUCUUGCUGUCUGUUAUUAGAAAGUGUGUCUCUGUGGCUUUAGUAAGGUGGUCUGCUGGGAAGGGGCCAUUUAGAUCCUCAGUUCCUCUUUAGGUUUAGCUUGUUUCAGUCAGUGCCUGUUCUGUUGACUUUCAAAGCAAUGGCACAAAGAACUUGUAGUCUCCUCAGAUGUCUCCUGGGGAGCUCUGGCUGGGGCUUCAGUUCAUAGUUGGUUUUGUGGUUAUUAGCUAUAGUCCUAAGGUGGUCUCAGUGGUAAGUGAAAAGGACAGGGUGCUGGGUUCCAUUACUUGAUCUAGAGAGGCAGCAUUAAUCAUUUCUAGAUAUAAGCACACCCUUCACAUGCCAGUGACCAGAAAUUUGGAUCCCUAUCGUCCUUAAAUGAGUUAGGCCAUAUUCAGGAUGGUGAUAUGUGUUGAGGACAAAGUAAACCAGAGAAGAAUGGCAGGGAAUCUGGUUUGGAUGUGGGCUGUAAUUUUAAAUGGGCUGGCCUGAAGUACUGCUAAAAGUGAAAGCUAACUAGGGCCAGGUGUUGGGAGGCAGUGGCAUCUCUACGAGUUCCAGGAUAGCCAGAGCUAAAUAGAGAAACCUUACCUCAAAAAAAACCAAAACAAACAAAAACCCUAAUUGACUAAAAAGCUUAAGGGAGUUGGGUUGCAGGGUAAGCCAUGUUGAUCUAUGGGGAGAUAACUCAAGGUGGAGGAAGUAGGAUCUUGUCUGGUGACUUUAGGGGUUAGUAUAGAGGCCCUUGGGUGGAGUAUAAUGAGCCAUCCUAAGAGUGGACUGAGGUUGAGUCCUGGGACCAGUCUUACAGAGGUGAUAUUUACACAUUAGUUGUCAUGUCUCUGGUAUAUCCCUCUGUUCAUAGUCUGGAUUAUCCUGGGACCUUGUCCUUGAAUCCCCACUGCUCCCAUCUCUUGUGAGGCCCAUACCAUAACUGCUAGUGUCACCUGGGUUUAACAGCUAGUUUGUCACUGCUGCCUGACCAAGUACAUGGGAAAGCUGAGCUUGGGUACUUACGUUGAUAGAGAUUUUGCAAAACAAACACCAUUGCUUCUCUAAGCUGGAAAAAUGACUCUGCACUUAAGUGCUUCUGUUGCUCUUGCCUGGGUUCCGUUCCCAGCACCACAUGGCAGAUCACAACCAUCUACAGUCCAAGGGGAUCCCAUACCCUGUCCUGACUUCUGCAUGCACCAGACAUGCAGGUGGCUCUCAGACAUACAUGCAAGCAAACUAUUCAUAAGUAAGAAAUACAGUCAAAAAAUAGUAUGAGUUUUAAAAGUCUUUAUUUUAAAAUUGCCUCUCUAAAGAUACCUAGUUCUACCAAGUCAGGGUGGAGCUUUAAGUGAGCCUUGAUUAGACAAGUUGGGGAUACUUUUUAAAACAGGCCUUUUAAAACAGUCAAGUAUUGGAUGAAAGUCAUUCAGAAGUACAUAACUGCUGGGUAGGAGUCCAACUGUGGAUGGUUUUAAGUAUAGAGUGCUGGAUGACAGCCUCUGAUUGUCUUGGCAACUAUGUCUAAUCUUGAACCUGGAGUGGAAAGCACAGGCUUCUUUGAGCAUGGCCUUUCCACCGCCCGAGGAACUGAAGUUGUGGGUGGGGAUAGACAGAUGGGCUGAGACCAUCACGGAGGAGUAGAUGUCCGGUGGCAUCUUCUUGUUCACCUGGUCAGUGUAGUCAGUCCCAUCCUAACUGAAGACUGUCAGACCAGUGUGCAGAGAAGAAGCUAUAUGGGCUAUUUUAGCAAUCCCUUAGGAAAGUUAGUUUUUGAAGUGUGAAAUGGGCGGAACAACUGGGUUUUGGACUCCUUUAUAAAUGGAAGUUAAGACAGAUUGCACGGCCAGGCAACUUGAAAAGUCAUAUGAAAUUGUGAGUUUAUCCAGUGGGUCCCUGCCCCGGCUAGCAGGGCUUCAACGGGGACUCAACCACCCUAAGGACGGAAUGAUAAGGACAGGAGACACAAAGGAAGACACCAAGACAGGAUUCUGAUCAAGGUGCAACUUUAUUUUUCUUCAAGAGGGUUUAUAUAGCUCUUGCAGGGUGGGGGAAGCAGGAAGCUGUUAUCUGUGUGAAGCAAGCUAAUGCAGCUGCAGGAUGUUUGUGCAGGAUAUUGGCAGGGUGAAAAGGCCAAGGGUUCUGACUUAAUGCCCUGUCACUAGGCAACCUGACUACAAGAUGUUCUAGUUCCCUGUCUUAUCGGGGGGCCUGUAUUUUUCCAUUAAGCUCUUCUAAGGGUCUGUAUUUUUCCAUUAGCUAGAGGUUCUGUCCUUGUCCCUGACAGGUCCCUUUUGGGAUUAAUGUGAAGAACAAUGAACUCACUGCAGCAGUUUUUAGAUAGUGGGACUGGCAGAAUCCUGUUUGCCAUCAGCAGAUCAGAUGGUACAGGAGAAUAUGAAACUCAGUGUGGGAGUACACACCUGUAAUCCUAAUGUGGGAUGCUGAUACAAGAGGACCAAAAGUUCAAAGCCACCUGAGGAUAAAGAACAAGACCCUGUCUCAAAACAAAAAGAACAAAAACAGUGACUAUAGAAGAAUUACAUCCUCCAACUCAACUCAGAAAACUACACUAAAUUUGCAGAAGCUGUAUAUAAUAUACUGUUUAUAUGAAGUUGAAGCAUAUUGAAAGUGGGGUUUGGGUUUCAUUAUUUCUUUAAGUGGGAUGGAGUACUAACCUCAUAGGGUGGUGGUGGGGCAGUAUUGAAAUGCAUGUUUAAUGUUGAGACUAGUGUCUGUCAUGUAAACAUUCCUGAUGUAUAAUAGAGUUAAUAUUUUGCACAAUUUUCUGUGGAUUCAAAAGACAUGAAAUAAGAGUGUAAAGUUAUGAACGGAAUCAUGUGUGCUAACCAUUGCUCCAUUGCCUUUGGGUAUGAGGUGCUGGUGCAAUCAGAAUGAAUACAUGGGGCUUCCCUUGUUUUUCUAGAAAUUGAUACAAAUACAUCCUAAAGUUAUGAUUAACAGGAUAAUGUUGUGGGUACUUUUGACUGUUAAAAAUAUUAAAAUAAAAAACCUAAGCAUGGCCUCUGAUACCUAGAUUGUUAUACAGAUUAUUAUACAGAAGUUCCAUCUCUGCCACUUGCAGUGCUGCUACUUAUAUGGUCUAACUCUCUUUUAUGAGAUAGGGUCUCAGUAUAGAUCUGGCUGUCUUGGAAUUCACUAUGUAGACCAGGCUGGCUUCAGACUCAGAGAUCUGCCUGCCUCUGCCUCCAGAGUCCUGGGAUUAAAAGGCAUGUGCCACCACACCUGGCCCACCUCAUCUCUUAAAUUCCCAACAUUCUUACCUGCAAAAAUUGGAGCAACACAAAAUGGCUGUUGGUUGCAGAACGGUUAAGAACUGCUGGUUUGAAGAAAACCAGGGUGUUCUGUGUCUCAGUACUAUCUAAAUUAUGAGAUUGUGAGCUGUUUUCGAUUCCUCUUGCUGAAAAAGUCAAACUCGAAAAGAUAUAGACAGUUAUGUUGAUGACAUGUGAGUUGGGACAGUAAUGCUUGUUAGCCAUCCCACUUUCCUGGUAGGUGGCAAAAAUGAGUGUGUGCCAGUUAUCCCAUCUUUUAAGUUAAUAGUAGCGCUGUUAAAAAUAGCAAAAUUGUGUCAGCCAGGGUCUAUUGAAAAGUCAAAAACCAUACCAAUUAUUUAAACAACUUGGAACUGUUGACUGCAUAUGUUGAGGUAAAGAGACAAAAAGAAUGCCAUGGUGUAUUGUGGGCAGAAACUCUUUUAGCAGUCUCUAUCUAGGAUCAGGAGAGCUAGUAUAAAGUCUAAGACCUUUACCUCACAUCUGGGCAAGCUGGUAAGGAAGUCCAGGCUCUCCUCCAUAGCAGGAGGGAAGUCCAAUCUGCAGACCUUGGUUUUGUUAGUACUAGUACACCAGGGCCUUCAUUGUGCAACCACUGUAGUUGAGUCACUUUCCCAAACUCUUGCUGCUCAGGCCAAACUUGACUGACUGGUGGUGGUGCUUGCCCAGCUUUUCCCAGAAAGUCUCAGUUGUGAAUGGUGAGCACUUAGUUGUAUGGGUUUUUUUCCCCCCUCUUUCGGGGCCUGCCACCCAGCUCCCAAAUAAACACACAGAGACUUAUUCUUAAGAAUGCCCAACCUUAGCUUGGCUUAUUUCUAGCCAGCUUUUCUUAAAUUAUCCUGUCUAUCUUUUGCCUCUAGGCUUUUACCCUUCUAUAUUGUGUAUACCUUUCUUUCUUUCUUACUCCGUGGCUGGUUGUGUGGCUAGGUGGCUGGCUGCUGCCGUCAUCCUCUCCUCCUUUUCUCUCUUCACCCUCUUCUUGCUCUUAUUUAUUCUCAAUGCCUGUCAGCCCCGCCUAUUUCUCUUUCCUGCCUAGCCAUUCAGUUCAGCUCUGUAUUAGACUGAUCAGGUGUUCUAGACAAAGUAACACAGCUUUAUAAACAAAUGCAACAUAAAAGAAUGCAGCAUAUCUUUGCAUCAUUAAACAAAUAUUCCACAGCAUAAACAGAUAGAACACAUCUUAAACUAAUAUUCCAUAGCAUACUUUGAUUACUUAGUAGUGUGUAAUGUCUUUGGUCUGUAGAUCUCAACUGGUUUGGGUAGUAUUAGGUCCUGUCCUGAGGGGCAAACCACAAAUCUAGAGUUAGAUUGGCAGAGAGGCCCUGUGAGAUGAACUAGAUCUAUGAGGGGGAGUGCCCCUGUGUGAUCGUAGGGCCUUCAGAGCUAUGAUUUUUGUGGAGGGCUCCCAGUGUGAAGCAGGUUAUCUUGAGGAAGGAGGUAACAACCUGCAAAUGUUGGUCCCCUUUUGCCUGAAGAACAUGUAAUACAUAAGGUAUGCAUCCUCAGUAUACUCACACUAUACUUUACUUUUAAACCAACAUCCAGGGGACUGAGGUGGAUCAGCAGUUACAAGUGCUUGCUUGGAGAGGACUUGAGUUAGAAUCCUAGCACCCAACUCAGGUGAUUCAUAAGGCCUGUAACUUUAACUGCAGAGUAUCUAAUGCCCUCUUCUGGCCUCUGUGGGCACCAGCACUCACUUGUGUGUGCAUAUUCAUAUACAUACAUUUAAAAAAUCUUAAAUUAACAACCAGACAUAUCUUAAUGGGUUACAAAGUGACUGAAGAGGUACAACAUACUCCCACAACUGCAUCAAUUUGCCAAUUUUUACUGACAGAAAUCCAGGUAACAUUUAGGAAUGGACUUUAAGGAUGUGGAAACAUGGCUGAAGUAAGAUUGGAGGGACUCAACUCUUGUCAGCACUGGGCAGGAUUCAGGCACACACAAUAAAAACUCUUCAGUGCUGUUUUUGAUGUUAGUUUGUGAUGAGCUUUUAAAUCUUUUAAGUACCCUUGAUUUCUCCUCUUCCAGGUGAAUGAGUGAAAUUGCUAGAAGCUAACAGCUUAGGCUUUUCAAUAGCAGUGAAUAGACUUCUCCAUAUGUCUGGCAGCCUAGAGCUGGAAACUGUCAGUCAGCCAAACAUCUCCUGUCAAUCAGCUGGACUGCACAGGCAGCCUGGCCAUUGUGGAUGCUUAACAGUCACUCUGAGAACAUUCUAGCUUCCAGUUCCAUAAUAUCUGAAAAGCCAUAAAUGUCCCAGGAGGCCUUGCCACUUUGUAUAACCUGCAUUGACCUUAGAAGGCAGCCCUUAGACUUGAAACUUAAAUGGCCUUGAAGCUAUCAGAACAAGAGAGGGAACCUCACUAAUUUAGCAAGAGUUGUGAUAUGAUUGGUACAUGUACAAUCCUUUAUUUGCAUUCCACUCUUAAAUCCCCUCCCCCUAUACAAUCAAGACUAUUCAGCUGGGAGGUACUCGUACUGUUCCAUGGUGUGCUGUAGUAGGUCUAGUUAAAGGCUGUGGUGCUAUAUUGUGAAAAUCUCAUAUUCUAAGAGACUGGAAUUUCUGCUGAACCUCAUGACCAAAUUAAUAAUAUGCCUGAAGGUCACUUAAAACUGCUUUCCCACUGUGUGCUAAGUCUGUUUAGCCUGCUUUUUAAAGUUAUUUUUGGUUUUUCAAUACAGGGUUUCUCUGUGUAGCCUGCCCUCAGAGAUCCACUUGCCUCUGCCUCCCAGUGCUGGGAUUAAAGGCGUGGCCUAUCACUCACUACCCAGCUAUAUUUAAUCUGCCUUUAAGUUAACGGUGUAACAACCAACUUUACUUUCCUUGGCAAUCAUCUUUUACAACCUAAGCUAAUAUAUAGCUUUAAAUUUAAAUUAUGUAUUCUUCCAUGCCUCUGACCCAGAGAGCAGUGCAUGUAUAUGUAUUAUGGUAAUAAUGCUAAUAGGCUGAAAGCAACCUUAUAAAUUAGCCUGCCAUAAAUACUGGAAACAGCAUACAGAUAUUAUUUGAUAAGUGAAUGUUUGCUUUUUCUUAGUGUUUCUGGGUCAGGUGAAGUCAGUAAAGUUUAAUCCCUUGUAAAAUCUGUUAAGGAUUUCUAUAAAGUAUCUCUCAUUCUUUCCCCAUGUGAUGCUCAUCAAUAAAAGAGAUUGCAAAGCCCUUUCUUAGAAACACACACAAGGACAGAGCUUCACAAGGCAGCAUGUAAGCAGGUACAGAUUCAGACUUUACAACAGACAGAUUACAGACAAGAGAGAUGGAAGACACAGGGAGAGAAGUAGAGAAUUCUCACUGUUGGAGACACUGAUGCAUUUGGGGUACUCUAAGGUUAUUACUAAUGUGUUUCUAUUGAAAAAAAGACUUCUCCCAAAUAAUCUUGUUUUCUCCUAAGCAGACAGAGCAGGCUGAGCCUGUUUCCUGAAGAGGAUCGGCAGCAGAGGUAGUAGUGACAGUGGCACGUGGUACUGAGGGUAUUUGAGGAUUGCAGAGAGCAGCUGGAGUAGAAGCAAGUAGGAAUAAAGGUGGUCAAAACAAGGAAGGAUGGUAGAAGUAUAAAGUGGAGAAGGUAUGGAGCCAAGACUAAAGAAUACUGUGACUGGAAGUGUUCCUGGGCGCUGCCAACUUUGAAGGUAGAGGAUCCCAACAACUGAAGCUCAGUGUCACAUAGUGCUGUGGACCUGACACCAAACACUAGCUCUUGCACAAAGUGAAGGAUUUCACUAGCUGCCAAAUGCUGGGCCUCCAAGCAAUGGGAACCCAAAGCUGUAACCCUCUAACCUGAGCACCAAAGCUUGGGGCUGUAAAUUGGAAUUCCCAAGGCUUGGGGUUUUAAGCCUUCAAGUCUAUGAGCCCAUCUCAUAAAGCCUUCAGAACCCAAGGACUCCAACACUAGAGCUGUUAACUCCUCACUUGUGACUCCCAAGUAGAACAAAAGGAGCCCAGCCAGCUCUUUGGGUACCUGAAGGUAUAUGAAAUCAAAGAAGAAAUUUGGGGUUCAUUGUUAAAAAGCUAAGAGUAGCUUAUCAGCUUUGUGUGAUGGUUGAAAUGGAGACCCAAAUCUAACCUAUACUAAGUUGAAUGCUACGACUUCCUUGUAAUACUGUAAAACAAGGAUGUCCAACUGUCUGGCUUCUUUGGUUUCCACUGUGAAAAAGUUGUUUUGGGCUACACAUUAAAAUACCAAUGAAAGCUGAUGAGUAAAGCCAGGGAGGGAGGGAGGAAUACCUUGUGCUAGGGCAGUGUUAAUUCAAGUUCCUGGGAUACUUAUGACCACCAUUGCCAAUAGAGAAAAUUGCCAUGGAGGUUACUGAGUGGGAAACAUCUGGGCAUAGAGUAAUGUGACUAAGGAACAGUGCUCAUGGACCCCAUCAAUGAACACCACUAGGUAGGUAAGAGAAGAAAAUCUUGGUUGAAUGACCUAGGCCAGUCCACUAGGAUGGCCAGUGAAAUGAGCUUGCACCAUUUGACACAUGAUAGACAUGAGGCUUGAAGGGUUUGGGCAACUCCAGGUCAGAGGCAGCUUCCUGAGGAUUCAAGGGGCACGCACCUAGGCUGGGGUAGAGUCUAGAUAGAUGAGGACAAGUGGGCAGGAUCUUGUUCUGAUGAAGACAAGGCAUGAAAAGGGUGUGAGGCAUGAGGCGAGCGGGGGAGUGGGUCUGUGCUGAAUGUACACUAACAUGCCAUAUUCCUGCUUGGCUACACAUUUAUGUUCUGGAAGAGAAGCCAUGUGUUGGACUGCGAGAAAGCAAGAGCUACGGAAAGCAAAGACAAUGCCAGGGUCACCUCCAGGGUUUGGGAACAUCUGGCACAGUAAUAGAGAAGCUGAAGGCAGUGGUGUGUGUUCCCCAGGAGGAAUCAGGCCUGACCAGGAUGGAAUGCUUUACAUAACAAAGACCACGUUGCUAGGAACACCCAGCUUCUAAUAUUAUCCCUUCUCUGUGAAGCUAUCUGCCCAGACUCCGGCCACUCUAUAACCUUCCAACAGAUAUGUCUAGGAGUCAGCUUGAAUAGAAGAAAUCUCUAGGUUCUUUUGUCUGGGUAAAUGAGACUGAAGAAGUCACCCUCCCUCCAGGGGAGGAGACUACUCAUGCAGCCUCUGGAGAGAAGCGUUGGGCAAGGGCGAGGUCGGGGUCUCGGCGUGGGAGCACGCCCCGCGCGGCAGCUGCUGCACACAGAUCGGUGUCCCCAGCGAACCUGGAGGCUGCAGGGAAAGACCCUGGGGCAGGAAAGUUCUUUAUCUAGUGAAGAUUCGGCCGUGCCCUGCAUCUUGUCCCCACCAGGGGGCGCUCUUCCUGUGCAGCGCCACCUGGGAACGUCCCCUCCACCGGCCGAGGUGCUUCCAGCCAGCCCUUCUACGCCCUGGACUCCGCCUAGCAAGCUGAGGAACGCUCUGACUGGUUUUCCUUUUGAGCUAGGGAGCGCCGGUCGGGCCUAUCCAUGAGGCACCUGGCAGAGCGGCUACCCACCUACACCUGCAGCGUUCCGUGAAGAUACCAUCAGCCCCACCCCCAGAAGCACAGGUUUAUACAGGAGCCUGCAAAAAACGCUUUCAGACCCAAUACAAAUUUUCUGAGAUUUUCA